CUGACUGCAAGCAUGGCGCAGUCGCAGUCGGAGUCGCAGAAGCAAGGCGACGCCAUCUCCUCCGAGGACUGGGCGCGCACAAGCUCCGACCCUACCCAGGGCCCGAAGGCGCACGAGAGCCAUGGCCUGGACACGGGCGUCCGGGUGAUGGAGGACGGCCGGCUCAACAUAAACCUCACCCCGAACAAGCCCUGGCUACAGCGCAUCGCACGCCAUACCAAAGAACACCCAUAUCCGCGCGGGCCCGCCGACCACAAACCCUCAGUAUGUUUCCCACCGGGCGAAGAAGAACGGUGUCCGCUGCGCCUGAACAUCGUCAUCCAAGUCGUCGGGUCGCGCGGCGAUAUCCAGCCCUUCCUCGCCAUCGGGAAGUACCUGGCCUCGCACGGCCACCGCGUGCGACUAGCGACGCACCUCUCCUUCCGUGAAACCGUGCUCGAGCAGGGUCUUGAGUUCUUCAAUAUAGGAGGCGACCCGGCGGAGUUGAUGGCGUUUAUGGUGAAGAAUCCUGGGCUGAUGCCGGAUAUGCGGACGAUUCGGAGUGGUGCGAUCCAGCGGCGGCGGCGCGAGAUGAAGAGUAUCUUUACCGGGUGUUGGCGGUCUUGCUUUGAGAGUGGCGAUGGGACGGGCAUUGAGCAUCAUGUUCGAGAGGAUCCGUGGGGAGAGGAGGUGGAUUAUAGGGAUGUGCCGUUUGUGGCGGACGUGGUGAUUGCGAAUCCGCCCAGUUUUGCGCAUUUGAGCUGUGCGGAGAAGUUGGGGAUUCCCUUGAAUAUGAUGUUUACCAUGCCCUGGUCAGCGACACAGGCAUUCCCUCACCCCCUGGCCAACAUCCAGUCGCAGAAUACCGGCCCGUCCGUUGCGAACUUUGCCUCGUACGCCAUCGUCGAGAUCAUGAUGUGGGAAGGGCUGGGAGACUUGAUCAACCGCUUUCGCAGGCGCGAACUAGGGCUGGAUCCGUUGGAUGCGAUCCGCGCACCGGCCAUCGCGCACCGGCUGCAGAUCCCGUAUACAUAUUUAUGGUCCCCUGCCCUGCUCGAAAAACCACUCGACUGGGGCAAAAACAUCGACGUCGUCGGCUUCUCGACCCUCCCCCGUCCCUCAGACUACCAACCCCCAUCAGACCUGCAGCACUUCCUGAACGCCGGCCCAGCCCCAAUAUACAUCGGGUUCGGGUCCAUCGUCGUCGACGACGCCGCAGCACUAACCCGAAUCGUCUUCGCCGCCGUACAAGCAACGGGCCAGCGCGCCAUCAUCUCAAAAGGCUGGGGCAACAUCGGCGCCGAAGAAGCAGACACCGACUCGAUCAUGAUGAUCGACAAGGUCCCGCAUGACUGGCUCUUCCAGCACGUUUCCGUGGUUAUACAUCACGGCGGGGCAGGCACCACAGCCGCAGGACUCGCGCUGGGCUGUCCUACAGUUGUCAUCCCGUUCUUUGGCGACCAGACGUUUUGGGGCAGUAUUGUCUCUCGCGCGGGGGCCGGGCCGGACCCGAUUCCCUGGAAGAGACUGACGGCGGAGAAACUUGCUGAUGCCAUACGGUUUGCGUUGAAGGAGGGGACGAGGGAGAAAGCCGCCGAGAUCGGGGCGGAUAUGCGGCAGGAGGAAGGCGUUCGCAACGCCGUAUGUUCAUUCUACGGGCAUCUAGACGAAGAGGCGCUGCAGUGCUCGCUGUGUCCCGGGCGGCCGGCUGUGUGGUGGGUGAAGCGGUCGCAUAUCAAGCUGAGUGCGUUUGCGGCGACGGUGCUGGUUGAGACGGGGCUGGUGAAGCCUCAUGAUAUGGUGCUGUACCGGUCUAAAGAGUAUGAUACGAGUCGGGAUCCGAGGGGCCCGUUGUCGGCGGGGGCGGAGGUGUUGUAUGGGGUUGUGACGGACUUUGUGGCUACGAUGGCGGCUGUUCCGACGGAUGUGGCGGAGGCGUUUAGGGGGAAUCGACACCGGCAUCGGUCGAGGAGGCAUCUAAGGCAUGGGGGGCAUAAUCGGCCGAUUCAUGCGUGGAAGAAGGAGAGAUAUGCGCAGGGGAGGACGGACAAGGGGGUGGAGAGUGAGAGUGAGAGUGAUGGUGAUGGUGAGAGCGAGGGAGACAGCGUAGAGAGCGCAGAGAGUGCAGGGAGUGAUACCAGUCCAAGCAGCUCGUCUGAAUCAUACACAUCAGCACGAGAAGCACAAGCAAACUCAUCGUCAUCAGCCUCGAACGGCCGUAAAACCGGCGCGGCCAGCAAUGCAGGCAGAGAUAGAGAGAUAGACGCCAUGGCAUCCGGCGACACAGCCGUUUUCGCCAAAAUACCAACAUGCGAAGACGUCACGGGCAUGAAGGCCUUAAGUCUGGAGAAUACAAUCGGACGGCAGCAAAGCAGAGAGAAAGCAGUUGAAGUGCGUGAAGUGCUGACGGACGCUCGAUACCAUGUCUCGCGCGCUGGAAAGCACUUGCUCGACUGGGUGCUUCUGCUCCCAACGGAUCUGACGAUGAGCUUCUCCAAGGGCUUCCAUAAUGCGCCGAAGCUGUAUCAUGAUCCGAUGGUGCAGGAGACGCCGACAGUGCGAGGAGUGCGUGGGGGACUGCGUGCUGCUGGGACGGAAUUCACGCAGGAGUUCUACCAGGGCAUCACUGGGAUAGUGACCCAGCCCAUCCACGGACACAAAGAGUCUGGGACUGUAGGAAUGAUUAAAGGCGUUGGCAAGGGCGUUGGGGGUGUGUUUCUGAAGCCAGCUGCAGGGCUCUGGGGACUGGCAGGAUACCCGCUGAAAGGAAUCCAUAAAUCGCUGCGCAAUUCACUCUCCAAGAGUAAAAUCCGGGAUAUACUGGCGUCACGGAUUAAGCAGGGAAUAGGCGAGAUGGUGGCGGCCACGCCAGAGGAGCGAGCAGCAGUGAUUCGGCGGUGGAAUGAGAUGCCAAAGUGACUCGAGUCGAAUGGACAUGCAUAAUACCCUAAUGACUAUAAUAUUACUGAAUAUGAAGUUGAAGUUGAUGAGUUGAAGGUCAGUGAUCAGCAUGACAGCGCACUAUGGCCGUUGACCCACUGUAUUAUAUUUGACACGCAGCCCUGACCAACUGUUCGAGACUUAAUUUUACUUGGUGACUUAAUAAUAAUAGCAAUAUAAUA